CCCACUACCAAAUUUCGCGUCGUAAAAAUUGAUAAGAAAAGCUCGCACUUACUGUCAAAGAUUUGCCACAAGUUAGUGACAAAACAAUGCUUUUCAUGGUGCUUGUUCCUCCUAUCUGUGGUUUAUUCAAUUGCUAAUUAACUCUGUUGUCAAAGCUGCUCACAGGAUUAUUUCGAAGUACUCAGUUUAAAAUCCCCUAAAUCGUUACAUACACAAGAAAACAAUGACGACCAAAACCUUUCUACUACUGAUUGUCUUCGCGGUUGGUAAGUUUAAUCUAAACGAACAUCUACUGUUAUUUGAUUUAAGUUACACAUCUGUUAGGCUUUCUUCUCAUUUUCAAACAUAAGCUUAAAAGAUAGUUAAUUACUCCGUAUUGCGCUCACAACGGGAGUUUAUAGAGCGGAUGUUUAAAUACAAACUGAUUAGUCCAGUAGCCGUGAAAUGAAAUAUACUCUAGUUCAAACUCAUAGACUUUGUUGUGUCUACACGACAAAAUUAUAACAACAAUAAGCUUUAGAAUUCCACGUAUAGAAAAUUUCAUCUUCAGCUGUUAUUUUUCGGUGGAUAGGCAUCGCGAGGAAAUACGUUGAAAAAACAGAUCAAUACAAGUUAAAUCUAUAACCUUGGUUUUAUCGCAGAGAACCUGUCAGUACGGUAAGUAAGUGAACCUUCUUCAAAGGCACAUAGGCGACUGCUUGUUUUCAAAACGGUUUUUGUUUUUUAUGAAAUAAUUUUCAGUGCGAUACCUGAGUACAUACUCCUAAAAUAUCGCUUGAUCCUAGUUCGACCACUCUAUCUAACGAUGAGUUCAUAGUACCAUGUCGUAUUUUUAUUUUUGCCGGAAUUUGGCACAGAAAUUGGUUACCUAAAAAUUUACGCCACUAUUAAACUGCGCUUUUACUGAACUGAAAUUAAUUGAAGCAACUGACUCACUAAUCAUUUGGAAACUACGUGUGAACAUUGCUUUUUCAGCUUGUAAAUGUGUUAUUCCAAAUAAUUAUUCUACUGGUAGCACUGACAUUUGAAUGGAACCACAAGACGCGGGAGGAGGGACUACAUGAUAAGAUGACUUGGUUCAAUGAUCAGAUUAUUGCUACAUGUCACUCUGAAUUAUUUCCUUUUCGCUGGAGUAACGCAUUUAGAGUUUUUAGGUAUAAAUAGCAAUUUAAAAUUUUUUUUUUCGUGUCCCAUUUUUUUACCCACGGUAAGAGCACAAAAAACAGUUUGCUCUCUCUUGAAUGACCUGACUUAUCCCCGAGACCCCUCGCUUUCUUGGCUGGUAGAGGUUACAGAUUAUUCGAGUCGAAACGAAAGCUACUCCAGUUUCAGCGGAAGUACGGAUUGAGGGUUGAGACUGUUUAUAUUUUCUUCCCGUACUGUGAUUAACCUUACUUAGUAGAGACUUGCGACUCGAAAGCGAGGCUAAGAAUGCUUAGAAUAUAUCUACUAGAGUUCAAUCAUUAGUGCUACUAUCUGAUUAGCUACGCUACUCGCUGUUUAUUCCUCGAUAGACAGUGACUAAGGUGAGUAGCCUAUAAGGGUGUUAUCAUGUUCGCGUACGUACUUUUAUAGUGAAUAGUACAAGGUUUCUAGCUUAGACUUCAGGGGUGGAAGACAAAACUUGUAUUUCUUUCACUAAACGUCGGGCCAGAGCACCAAAUAAAUCGUUCACAACUCACUUGGAGCGAUUGUUGCACAUUGAUCACGUUCCUUUUGAGCGGCUGUUUUCUAUCUCCUAGUCUGACAGUCUGGUCAAUUCAUCCAAAGCACUAUAAAGUCAGUUGUUAACCCUAAUUUCUAUAGAUUAAAAAAUAAAUCUUAAGAAAUCCUCAGAAACCCUUUGUCUUGUUGACAGUUUCAAUUGGGACCAAUGCCAAAAAUCCAGAAGUCUGUAACCUGCCGAAAUUUCAAGGCCCUUGCAGAGCAGCGAUACCAAGAUUCUACUACAACAGUGAUACAGGAGAAUGUGAGCAGUUCAUUUAUGGAGGAUGCGAUGGUAACGCAAACAACUUUGACACCAAGGAAGAAUGCGAGAAGAAAUGCAAAUAACCUUUUACUUAAGUGAGUUGCGAAUCUCGAAAACUUUGCUUCUCUUUACUGUCCGAGAAGGACUUAGAAAAAAAAAAUUCAUGAAAGCGUAGCCACAGUUACUUUCGACUGACUACACACUGCAACAACAAGAACUACUAUUAUCACACGACCGAGUCCUUAUAUACAUUUACAAAGUGUUCCAGAACAUUCCAGAAGCUUACACACAAGUAUUUUAGUAGUGUUAAUUAUUAAGUAUUUAUCAUUAAAAUAGUAGAAUGUUCUACAAAGUUCCAUGGUGUGCAUGUCAGUAUGACUAAGAAUUCUAGAAAUUUCUAGAAACUUAUUUCUACAGUCACUAUCUAUAACACUUCCCAGAACUUUAGAACUGGUGUAAAGCCGAAUGGAAUUGAAUUUCUUUUAUUUCUUGUGAACGCAUAACAUUUCUAAGCUUUCAUGGAGAGAAAAGCGUAAAAAUAAAGGAGUUAGCUACCAAGUACAUGUAGAAUAACAUUUUCUUUUUUUUUUAUUAAGAUGAAU